AUGAGUGUUGCCAGCCAGACUUUAAAUUAUGGAAUUUUAUUAAGGAAUAAUAGUAUGGCAGACAAAAAGAAAAAAGUAUUUGCUGUGAAGGAGUCCGCGCCAAGGAGACCAGUGAUACUGAAAUCUGAUCGUGAAACCGUUAAAGAUCAAAGUAAAGAAAAGCAAGAAAAAGAAAAACAGCCAACUAUUAUAUUAAAAACAAGGGAACAAAGCACUCCUAAAGAAGAAAGGCCACAGAGCCCCAAAAUAAUAAAAACUUCUACAUGUGAAUCAGAAGGGCAACCAUGCAAAAUUGCUCAAAAUGAAAACAAAGAAAAAAAAAACAUAGAACACAAAUUAGUUCCACCAUUAAAGUUUAUGACAGAGCCUGUAAAGUUGCUAGAUGAGAAUCUGGAGCUUAAUAAUGCUGCAUUGGAAUUCCUUCAUGACUCUAGCACAAAUUAUUUAGUUGUUGGAAUAAUUGGCACUCAAGGCGUUGGGAAGUCCAUGAUUUUGAAUUUGAUUGCAAAUAAUAUUCAUGACGAAAAUCUGUGCUCCCAAAUACUUAACUCUUAUGAAAUAGUAGCUGACAAUUUAUAUGAAGGUAAUGAAGUUGUCGGAUUAGAAAACCAAUUAGAAGCCCUUGAUUUUGCUGGGGUACCUGAACCGAAGCCGCAACCCGCUGCCAAUAAUGGAAUUUUCAAGUUUAAAAUGCAGGAUAUUGAACAAAUUGAAAGAGGCGUACAUUGUACAAAAGGUAUUGAUAUGUACAUCACAAACGAUCGCGUAAUAUUACUCGACUGUCAAGCUUUGUGGUCGCCAUCUUUGAUAGAAGAAUCGAAUACGACGAUCACUGCCCGCAGUGCUAAUGUAGUCACGGUCGACUGCCUUCAAAUAGCCUCAUAUCUUAUGGCUACUUGCCAUGUGCUGAUUGCUGUGCAGGAUUGGUUUACGGAUUACAAUUUUCUAAGGUACAUUCAAGCAGCAGAAAUGUUGAAACCAUCGUUGUCAGCCUCUAACACGAUAGCGAAUAAUCAAGAAGGAUCAGAGUCCACGGGUGGAGGAGAGAGUCAUCCGCACUUGUUGCUAUUACAUAACAGAUGCCAGCUUGAGGACUUCACUCCAGAGGCUGUGGCGACUAUGCAAGAUCUUUAUAGGCAAGCAUUUCAAAAAUCGAAUCUUCAACUGAACUCAGGCAUGUACAUGUACAGCGAUACAAAUAAGAAUGGUCUAAAUGUGGACAGCGUUUGCAAAGGCUAUAAUGUGGAGAGUUGUGGCAUGCCCAUUAAUCUGUUUCUUCUGCCGGAGAUAUAUAGUGAUUUUGAAAAUCGUGAAAUCUACCGCGGACACCCUCCAUUUGAGCAACUCGCAAAACGUUUACGAUGGAUGAUACUCGGUGUCAACAGACAUCAAAUCACCAAUGUACCAAAUUUAUCCGAAAGAGGUUGGUUCCACUACUGCAGCAAGGCCUGGGAGACUAUAAGAAAGUGCACAUUCUUCAUGGAGUACGAGAGGUUCUUACCUUGA